AUGGCAUCCAUCCCAACAGCAGUUGAUGACAAAACAAAAAAGAAUGAGGAGUUAGCAACAGCUAUCUUAAAGGAUAAGGUGAAGCCAAACCGGCUGAUUGUUGAUCAAUCGAUUAAUGAUGACAAUUCUGUGGUUUCUCUCUCACAGGCAAAGAUGGAUGAAUUAAAUUUAUUUCGUGGUGAUACAGUUAUUUUGAGAGGAAAAAAGCGCAAAGAGACAGUAUGCAUUGUGUUGUCGGAUGACACUUGUCCAAAUGACAAAAUACGCAUGAAUAGAGUUGUUCGAAAUAAUUUACGCGUACGUUUGGGUGAUGUUGUAAGUAUUACCGCUGCUCCAAACAUCAGUUAUGGAAAACGUGUUCAUGUUCUUCCUAUCGAUGAUACCGUUGUGGGUCUCACGGGUAAUUUAUUUGAAGUGUUUCUAAAGCCUUAUUUUGUGGAAUCAUAUCGACCACUUCACAAAGGAGAUCUUUUUUCUGUCAAUGCAGCUAUGCGUAAUGUUGAAUUCAAGGUUGUUGAAACUGAUCCCUCGCCAUCAUGCAUCGUUGCGCCAGAUACAGUCAUUCACUGUGAAGGUGAACCAAUUAAACGUGAAGAAGAGGAGGAAAAUAUGGCCGAUGUCGGUUACGAUGAUAUUGGUGGCGUGCGUAAGCAACUUGCCCAAAUCAAGGAAAUGGUCGAACUUCCACUGAGACAUCCUCAGCUCUUCAAAGCUAUUGGUAUCAAGCCACCAAGAGGCAUUUUGUUAUACGGACCACCAGGCACUGGCAAAACACUAAUAGCUCGAGCCGUUGCGAAUGAAACUGGAGCGUUCUUUUUUUUGCUGAAUGGACCUGAAAUUAUGAGUAAAUUAGCUGGUGAAUCAGAAUCCAAUUUACGUAAAGCAUUCGAAGAAUGCGAAAAAAAUUCACCUGCGAUUCUGUUUAUUGAUGAAUUGGAUGCAAUUGCACCGAAGCGGGAAAAGACGCAUGGAGAAGUUGAACGUCGUAUCGUAUCGCAAUUAUUAACUCUUAUGGAUGGCUUGAAACAGCGCAGUCAUGUCGUUGUUAUGGCGGCAACAAAUCGUCCAAACUCCAUUGAUCCUGCAUUGCGACGUUUUGGUCGUUUUGAUCGUGAAAUCGAUAUCGGAAUUCCAGAUGCUAUUGGAAGAUUAGAAAUUCUUCGCAUACAUACAAAAAAUAUGCGUCUUGGUGAUGAUGUUGACUUGGAACAGGUUGCAAAUGAAUGCCAUGGUUACGUAGGUGCAGAUUUGGCAUCUCUCUGCUCUGAAGCAGCUCUGCAGCAGAUUCGUGAAAAAAUGGAACUGAUUGAUUUGGAAGAUGAUACAAUCGAUGCUGAAGUUCUUAAUUCACUAGCCGUUACUAUGGAAAAUUUCCGAUUUGCAAUGGGUAAAAGCAGCCCAUCAGCUCUUCGAGAGACCACUGUUGAAAUACCUAAUAUUACUUGGAACGACAUUGGUGGUCUACAGAAUGUCAAAUGCGAACUGCAGGAACUUGUUCAGUAUCCAGUAGAACAUCCAGACAAAUAUCUCAAAUUUGGCAUGCAGCCAUCUCGUGGGGUGUUGUUCUAUGGCCCCCCUGGUUGCGGUAAAACACUUCUUGCUAAAGCAAUCGCACACGAGUGUCAAGCUAACUUCAUUUCAAUCAAAGGUCCCGAGCUCCUUACUAUGUGGUUUGGUGAGUCUGAGGCAAAUGUACGGGAUGUUUUCGAUAAGGCAAGUUCUUCGUUCAGUGUUGGUUAUGUUUCGUAUUUCGCUCGAGCUGCCGCACCUUGUGUUCUUUUCUUCGAUGAGUUGGAUUCGGUUGCCAAAGCUCGAGGUGGUAACAUUGGCGAUGCAGGUGGCGCUGCUGAUCGUGUGAUUAAUCAGAUUUUGACCGAGAUGGAUGGAAUGUCAAACAAGAAAAAUGUUUUCAUCAUUGGAGCAACGAAUCGGCCUGACAUUAUCGAUUCGGCUAUUCUUCGUCCAGGGCGUCUUGAUCAGUUAAUCUAUAUACCUCUUCCUGAUGAGGCUAGCCGUUUACAGAUCUUCAAAGCGAAUCUUCGCAAAACGCCAAUUGCAACGGAUGUGGAUUUGACAUACCUGGCUAAGACAACAGUUGGUUUCUCAGGCGCUGAUUUAACAGAAAUUUGCCAGCGCGCAUGUAAACUAGCAAUUCGUGAAAGUAUUGAAAAGGAAAUUCGUCAUGAGAAAGAGAAGCAAGAGCGCCGUUCUCGUGGUGAAGAGCUUAUGGAUGAUGAUGCUUAUGAUCCAGUACCAGAAAUUACUCGUGCACAUUUCGAAGAGGCGAUGAAAUUCGCUCGUCGUUCGGUUUCGGACAAUGAUAUACGUAAAUAUGAAAUGUUUGCACAGACGCUGCAACAGCAACGAGGCUUUGGAACUAAUUUCAAGUUCCCAAAUCAAACAGGGGCAUCCUCAAAUCCGGGACAGCCUGCAAUGCCACCAGGAGCUGGAAACGAUGAUGAUGAUUUGUACAGCUAG